UUCAAUUAUUGCUCCGCCCCAUCGGGAAAAGACUGUGCCUAUAAAGGCGGCUGCCGGGCGGCUGGGAGCCCGUUUCUGUCCCCGGGGCUGCGUUGGCGAGUGUUUCGGUUUUUUUGGUUCGCUAUGGCCCGUACGAAGCAGACUGCCCGCAAGUCGACCGGCGGCAAAGCCCCGAGGAAGCAGCUGGCCACCAAGGCGGCCCGCAAGAGCGCGCCGGCCACGGGCGGGGUGAAGAAGCCGCACCGUUACCGUCCGGGCACCGUGGCCCUGCGCGAGAUCCGGCGCUACCAGAAGUCCACGGAGCUGCUGAUCCGCAAGCUGCCCUUCCAGCGGCUGGUGCGCGAGAUCGCGCAGGACUUUAAGACGGACCUGCGCUUCCAGAGCUCGGCCGUGAUGGCGCUGCAGGAGGCCAGCGAGGCCUACCUGGUGGGGCUGUUCGAAGACACGAACCUGUGCGCCAUCCACGCCAAGCGCGUGACCAUCAUGCCCAAGGACAUCCAGCUGGCCCGCCGCAUCCGCGGGGAGCGGGCUUAAGUGCGCGCUCGGCUCGUAGGUUCCAUCGUAUCCAAAAGGCUCUUUUCAGAGCCACCCACAGCAGCACUUUGAAGAGGCUGUACCGCUUGCCCUCCGUGCUCCUCCGGCAUUAAGGGCCGGGAAAGCUUUUCCAGCUCGGUUCCCAAAGAAAGA